AUGAGUGAUGCCGAGAUGGAAAUCUACGGAGUGGCUGCCCCGUACCUCCGCAAAUCGGAGCGGGAGAGAAUUGCAGCACAAAACAUGCCAUUUGAUGCCAAGACUGCUGUGUUUGUGCCGGAUGCGAAGCAUGAGUACAUCAAGGGGAAAAUCAAAAGCCUGGACGGCUCAAAAGUUUCAGUCGAGACAGAGGAUAGAAAGAUGGUUACUGUGCAUGUGGAUGACACGCGCCCUAUGAACCCUCCCAAAUUUGAUAAGAUUGAAGACAUGGCUUUGCUGACGCAUCUCCAUGAGCCAGCUGUGCUUUUCAACCUCAAGGACCGUUAUGCCGCCUGGAUGAUUUACACCUACUCUGGGCUUUUCUGUGUCACUGUGAACCCAUACAAAUGGCUUCCUGUUUACAACCCGGAGGUGGUCGCUGGUUACCGGGGGAAGAAACGGCAGGAGGCCCCCCCACACAUCUUCUCCAUCUCUGACAAUGCAUACCAGUACAUGCUCACAGACCGAGAGAACCAGUCCAUCCUGAUCACUGGAGAAUCUGGUGCUGGAAAGACUGUCAACACCAAGCGGGUCAUCCAAUACUUUGCAACAAUUGCAUCAAUUGGAGACUCGAGCAAGAAAGAGCAACAAGCAGGAAAAAUGCAGGGAACUCUGGAGGAUCAAAUCAUCCAGGCCAACCCGCUUCUGGAAGCAUUUGGCAAUGCCAAAACUGUGAGGAACGACAACUCCUCUAGAUUUGGAAAGUUUAUCCGCAUCCACUUUGGAACAAAGGGGAAGUUGGCAUCGGCUGAUAUUGAAACAUACCUUCUGGAAAAAUCCAGGGUGACGUUUCAGCUGCCAGCGGAGAGGAGCUAUCACAUCUUCUAUCAGAUCUUGUCAAACAAAAAGCCUGAUCUAAUCGAGAUGCUGCUGAUAACCACCAACCCAUACGACUACCCAUUCAUCAGCCAGGGGGAAAUCACUGUGCUGAGCAUCGAUGAUACAGAGGAGCUGAUGGCCACAGAUAGCGCAAUCGACAUUCUGGGUUUUAACACGGAUGAAAAGGUGGGCAUCUACAAGCUGACUGGAGCUGUGAUGCAUUAUGGGAACAUGAAGUUCAAGCAGAAGCAGCGGGAGGAGCAGGCGGAGCCCGACGGCACUGAGGUGGCAGACAAAGUCGCUUACCUCAUGGGCCUAAACUCCGCUGACUUGCUCAAAGCACUGUGUUACCCUCGAGUGAAGGUCGGGAAUGAGUACGUCACCAAAGGUCAGACUCCACAGCAGGUGAACAAUGCUAUGGGUGCACUGUCAAAGGCCGUGUACGAGAAGCUGUUCCUGUGGAUGGUCACCAGGAUCAACCAGCAGCUUGACACCAAACUGCCCAGACAGCAUUUCAUUGGCGUUCUGGACAUCGCAGGGUUUGAGAUCUUUGAGAUGAACAGUCUGGAACAGCUGUGCAUCAACUUCACAAAUGAGAAGCUGCAACAGUUUUUCAACCACCACAUGUUCGUCCUGGAACAAGAAGAAUACAAGAAGGAAGGGAUCGCCUGGGAGUUCAUUGACUUUGGCAUGGACUUAGCAGCCUGCAUCGAGCUCAUAGAAAAGCCGAUGGGAAUUUUCUCCAUUCUUGAAGAGGAGUGCAUGUUUCCAAAGGCGACAGACAGCUCCUUCAAGAACAAACUGUAUGACCAACACCUGGGAAAGAACAGCAUCUUUCAGAAGCCAAAGCCCUCCAAAGGAAAGGUCGAGGCCCACUUCUCUUUAAUGCACUACGCCGGCACUGUGGACUACAACAUCAGUGGGUGGCUGGAGAAGAACAAAGACCCUCUGAAUGAUACGGUGGUCCAGCUCUACCAGAAGGCCUCCCUGAAGCUGCUCUCUCAUCUCUUUGCCACGUACGCGUCUGCUGAUUCUGUUUCUGUAACUGCUGCAGAUGGAAGCAAGAAGAGCGCCAAGAAAAAAGGAUCUUCUUUUCAGACAGUUUCUGCACUUUUCAGAGAAAAUCUCAACAAACUGAUGGCCAACCUCAGGUCCACACAUCCUCACUUUGUGAGAUGCAUCAUCCCAAAUGAGACCAAAACCCCAGGCUCCAUGGAUCACCGUCUGGUGCUGCACCAGCUGCGCUGUAACGGCGUCCUGGAAGGCAUCAGGAUCUGCAGGAAGGGCUUCCCCAGCAGGAUUCUUUAUGGAGACUUCAAACAGAGAUACAGGAUCCUGAAUGCCAGCGCCAUCCCUGAGGGGCAGUUCAUUGACAGCAAAAAGGCUUCAGAGAAGCUGCUGGGCUCCAUAGAUGUGGACCAUUCCCAGUACAGAUUUGGAUACACUAAGGUGUUUUUCAAAGCUGGACUUCUGGGUCUUCUGGAGGAGAUGAGAGAUGAGCGUCUGGCGGUGCUGAUGACUCGCAUCCAGGCUGUGGCCAGAGGUUACGUCACACGACUGAGACUCAAGGAGAUGACGAAGAAAAGGGACGCUAUCUUCAUCAUCCAGUAUAACAUCCGUUCAUUCAUGAAUGUGAAGAACUGGCCUUGGAUGAGACUGUACUUUAAGAUAAAGCCUCUGCUCCGAAGUGCAGAGGCGGAGAAAGAGAUUCAGUCCAUGAAGGAGGAGUUUGCACGACUCAAAGAAGAGUUUGCAAAGUCAGAGGCCAGGAGGAAGGAGCUGGAGGAGAAAAUGGUCAUGUUGGUUCAGGAGAAAAACGACCUUUAUCUGCAAAUCCAGGCGGAGAGGGAGAACCUGUGCGAUGCUGAAGAAAGGUGUGAAGGCUUAAUAAAGAGCAAAAUUCACCUGGAGGCUAAAGUCAAAGAAUUCUCUGAGAGGAUGGAGGAAGAGGAGGAGAUCAACGCUGAGAUCACUGCAAAGAAGAGGAAGCUGGAGGAUGAAUGUUCAGAGCUCAAAAAGGACAUCGAUGACCUGGAACUCACCAUCGCCAAAGUAGAGAAGGAGAAAUAUGCCACAGAAAAUAAGGUGAAGAAUUUGGUAGAGGAAUUAACCACUCUUGAAGAAAACCUCCUGAAGUCCUCAAAGGAGAUCAGAGCUCUGCAGGAGGUGCAUCAGCAGACUCUAGAUGACCUGCAGGCUGAAGAAGAUAAGGUCAACUCUCUGAUGAAGCUCAAGAUAAAGCUGGAGCAGCAGGUUGAUGAUUUGGAGUGUUCACUGGAGCAGGAGAAGAAGAUUCGCGCAGACUUUGAGAGAUCCAGAAGAAAACUGGAAGGAGAUCUGAAGCUGUGCCAGGAAACCAUUAUGGAUCUGGAGAACGAGAGACAGCAAAAUGAAGAAAGACUGAAGAAGAAGGAUUUUGAAAUCAGCAACUUGCAAAGCAAAGUUGAUGAUGAACAAGCCAUCAGCACUCAGCUCCAGAAGAAGAUCAAAGAGCUGCAAGCUCGUAUUGAAGAGCUGGAGGAGGAGAUCGAGGCUGAACGCUCAGCUCGAGCCAAAGUGGAGAAGCAGAGGUGUGAUCUGUUGCGGGAGCUGGAGGAGAUCAGCGAGCGUCUGGAGGAGGCCGGAGGAGCCACCGCUGCCCAGGCCGAGCUCAACAAGAAGCGAGAGGCUGAGUUUCAGAGACUACGUCGUGAUCUGGAAGAGUCCACGUUACAGCACGAAGCCAUCACUGCUACCCUGCGUAAGAAACAAGCCGACAGCGUCGCAGAACUCAGCGAUCAGAUCGACAACCUCCAAAGAGUCAAACAGAAACUGGAGAAAGAGAAGAGUGAGCUGAAAAUGGAGAUCGAUGACAUGGCAAGCAACAUGGAGAGUGUCCUGAAAAGCAAGGCUAAUCUGGAGAAACUGUGCAGGAGCCUUGAGGAUCAAAUGAAUGAAUAUAAGACCAAAGCAGAUGAAGCCCAAAGAUCUCUGAGUGAUUAUACAACACUCAGUGCUCGUCUGCAAACAGAAAGUGGUGAUCUUUCACGACAGCUGGAAGAAAAGGAAACCACUCUUUCCCAGUUAAACAGAGUGAAAUCUGUUGGGAGUCAGCAAAUUGAAGAGUUAAAGAGGCUGUUGGAUGAGGAAAUUAAGGCUAGAAACGCCCUAGCACAUGGUCUGCAGUCGUCCCGUCAUGACUGUGAGCUGUUACGAGAGCAGUACGAGGAGGAACAGGAAGCUAAAGCUGAGCUGCAGCGCUGCCUGUCCAAAGCCAACAGCGAGGUGGCUCAGUGGAGAACCAAAUAUGAGACAGAUGCCAUCCAACGCACGGAGGAGCUCGAGGAGGCCAAGAAAAGGCUGGCCCAGCGGCUGCAGGAAUCUGAGGAGAUGACAGAGGCAGCAAAUGUCAAAUGUGCAUCACUGGAGAAGACGAAACAGAGGCUGCAGGCCGAGGUGGAGGACCUGAUGGUGGAGCUGGAGCGAUCGAACGCAGCCAGUGCCACCUUAGACAAGAAGCAGAGGAACUUCGACAAGGUUCUGGCUGAAUGGAAACAGAAAUAUGAGGAAGGUCAAUCAGAUCUGGAAGUGUCCCAGAGAGAGUCUAGAUUGUUGAGUACAGAACUUUUCAAGCUGAAAAAUUCUUAUGAAGAGGCUCUAGAUCAUCUGGACACCAUGAAAAGAGAGAAUAAAAACCUCCAGCAGGAGAUUUCAGACAUCACUGAGCAAGUUGGGCAGUCUGCGAAAACUAUUCAUGAGCUGGAGAAAGCUGCAAAGCAGGCCGAACAGGAAAAGAGAGACACUCAGGCAGCUCUCGAGGAAGUUGAGUCUUCUCUAGAACAUGAGGAGGCUAAAAUCCUUCACCUCCAACUGGAGCUGAACCAGAUCAAGUCAGAGGUGGACAGAAAGGUGGCGGAGAAAGACGAAGAAAUUGACCAGCUGAAGAGGAACCACCAGAGGACUGUGGACACCCUGCAGAGCACGCUGGACGCCGAGACACGCAGCAGGAACGACGCAGUCCGGAUGAAGAAGAAGAUGGAGAGCGACAUGAAUGAGAUGGAGAUACAGCUGGGUCACGCCAACCGCCAGGCAGCCGAGGCAACUAAACUAAUGAGAAACCUGCAAUGUCAGCUGAAGGACACACAGGUCCAUCUGGAUGAAGUCAUACACACACAGGAGGAUGUAAAAGAGCAGCUGGCGAUCGCUGAACGCCGCAACAGCCUGAUGAUGGCUGAGAAUGAGGAGGUGAGGGCAGCACUGGAGCAAUCCGAGAGAAGUCGCAAACUGGCAGAGCAGGAACUGAUUGAUGUCAGCGAGAGGAUCCAACUGCUACACUCUCAGAAUGGAAGUCUCCUCAACAGUAAAAAGAAGAUGGAGUCUGAUUUAGCUCACCUGCAGUCGGAGGUGGAGGACACAGUGCAGGAGGCGAGAAACGCAGAUGAGAAGGCGAAAAAGGCCAUCAUGGAUGCUGCAAUGAUGGCAGAGGAGCUGAAGAAGGAGCAGGACACUAGCGCUCACCUGGAGAGGAUGAAGAAGAACAUGGAGGCCACAGUAAAAGACCUGCAGCAGCGCCUGGAUGAAGCCGAGCAGUUGGCACUGAAAGGAGGCAAGAAGGAGCUUCAGAAGCUGGAGGCUAGGGUACGUGACCUGGAAAACGAGUUGGAGGCAGAACAGAAACGCAGUGGCGAGGCCAUGAAAGGGGUUCGGAAAUAUGAAAGGAAAAUUAAGGAGCUCACUUAUCAGGGAGAGGAGGAAAAGAAAAAUGUGACCAGGCUCCAGGAUUUGGUCAACAACCUGCAACUGAAAGUGAAGGCAUAUAAGAGACAAUGUGAAGAGUCGGAAGAACAAACCAGCAUCCAUUUGGCUAAAUUUCGGAAGGUGCAACAUGAGCUGGAGGAAGCUGAGGAGCGAGCUGAUAUCGCAGAAUCCCAGCUGAAUAAAUUGCGGGCCAAGAGUCGGGAUAUUGUUGGCAAAGGGGAUUAAAAAUCUGCGAAACAAAGAUACCACCAACAUGUUGGGUUUUGACAAAGCAACAGCGACUUGUCAGCAUUUAUGUUAGGAUAUUAUAUGAUGAUGAUAAAGAAUCAGACAGAAAAUAUCAACAAAUAUCAUUGACUGACCCAAGUGACGCAUUCUGUUAUGUUCCUAAUAUCUUAUUGUUUGCAAAGGUAAAGUUUAUGGAUGCGUAAUAAUGACUUUUAUCAUAAUGUAGUAAUUCAUCCUAAGACAAAAAGCAAACUAUGUGUUAUUAUUGUAAAAUUUAGUAAAUAUGUCUAACCUUUUAUCUUGCAUCAUCAUUAGGACAGAGCUUUAGUGUCCUUCCACAAAGGUGUUGAGUGUUUUAUAAAACACUUUAAAAGCAACACCUGCUAACAUCUUACCAUCUACUAUGAAGGAGGGUUAACAAGUAAAUUCUGGUUCAACUCUGGGUUCUCAGUAUCAUGAGAGUGGUUUAGUUCUUACAGGGGUGAAUCUAUAUGUAACUUGAUCUGCAAACAUAACCUGCUCUGGGCCACGAUAUGUUCCUAAUAGUCAAUCAGAAUAUCUAAAAGCACCAUCUACUCCCUCAUGAAGCUGCUUAUAUUAACACAUUAUGACCAAAAGCAUCUACUGAUCUAAAAUGUUUACUAACUACUGAACCACUAAUUCUGUCAAUACAU